AUGUUUAGACCGGUUAGAACCACCAGCGAGAAUUACACUCGUUUUCUCUUUCAGCAAAACCAACAUACUCCAUGGGAUGCUAAAAAUAUGUCCCAGGAGUCGAACCGUCAGUGUGACACGCAGUCGUUGACUGCGAGUGUAACUGACUAUCCCACUGAGAAUGGAAGACGAUACCACAAAUACCAUGAGGGUUCAUACAUUUACCCGAACGACGAGCAGGAAUUGGAUCGAUUGGACAUGCAGCACCAUAUGAUCAAACUGGUCAACGAUGGACGACUGUUCUUUGCUCCCAUACAUAGCCCUAAACGGAUCCUCGAUAUCGGUACUGGAUCUGGCAUAUGGCCCAUAGAAAUGGAUCUGUCACCUGUUCAACCGAACGAGGUCCCCAGUAACGUUCACUUUCUCGUUGACGAUGCUACCGAAGAAGACUGGUUAUGGGACGCGGACCACUUCGACUUCAUUCACACAGCCCAUAUGAUUGGUUCGUUCCCAUCGUUCAAGGAUGUCUUGCGCAAGGCAUUCAAGCAUCUCAAACCUGGCGGUUAUAUGGAGUGCCACGAAUUCGACCCUAAGCUGAAAUGUGACGAUGGCACCAUGCCCCUCGAGAAUCCGGAUGGCUUCUGUGAAUAUGCUUUGCUUGAUUGGGUAGAUCUCAAUGUGCGCUCAAGUCAGGUUACAGAUCCCCCGAGACAAUUUCGCAUCGCCCAUCGUAUUGCCCGCUGGAUGCGAGAAGUCGGCUUCGUCGACGUUCAGGAACGCAUCUCCAAAGUUCCAACCAACCCAUGGCCUGAAGAUCCGCACCUGCGUACAAUCGGCACUUGGAGUGAGACAAAUUGGCUGGAGGCUCUUUCUGGAUGGUCCUACAAACCUCUUUCUGCACUGGGGUGGUCAAAGCCGGAGAUUGAAGUUUUCCUGGUUGAUGUGCGAAAAAGCAUUCAAAAUCGUAAUGUCCAUAGCUACAUGGACUUCUAUGUCGUGACGGGGAGGAAACCGCGCCCUGGGGAACAAGCCUCCUGA